UUUUCUGCUGCUGUAUAUAUGCUGCUGAACAAAAAACCAAAGUGCCAGAACCUAUUAAGACCAGUUUAAGCCAGCCCCAACCUGCCGGUACCAGUACCAGUACUUCCACCAGCACUAUUACUAACAAUAGCAAUGGCAAGCGUGCAUCUGCCAAUGGACAGCAGCCAGCUGCAUCCCGAUACCUGCCUCGUGAGGUGCCUCCACGCUUCCGCCAACAGGAACAGAAGCAGCUCUUAAAGAGAGGCCAGCCUCUGCCUACCGGAACUCUGAUCAGCACGAGCCCAGCACAAGGUACUGGACAAGCAGGAGCAAGUCCUCCUCCACAACCAGGAGCAGGUGGACAUCACCACCCCAGUAAGACCCAGACCCCAACAGCUCUACAGGAUGAGGCUCACUCUGUACACUGCCGACAUAUUGAAGCCGAGAGCCCAGGCGAACCUAGAUGCAGGAGGGGAGACAGCUCUGCACACAAUGUAGCGUCUCCUAGGAUGGUUGGGCAGCACCUUUCCUCAGAACUUGGUCACAGCGGAUUGGGAGACCAUUAUGAGAAUACUCACUGGGGACAGCAGCCCACUUUCCGAAGUGAAGCCAAUUGCAGCUGGGAUAAAGUGAUAAUAGACAGGACUGACAAGGAAGCGUGGCCUUCCAUUACAGGAACUGAGACUGAGUCUGCCUCAGAAUGUACUACAGACACUGACUCUGCCUCCAACUGUGGCUCAGAGAAUAGUAGCAUGGCUACAGGGAGUGCCCAAGGCAACUUCACUGGACAUACAAAGAAACCCAAUGGCAAUAAUGGCACCAAUGGAGCACUCAUCCAAAGCACUUCUAACCAGAGUGCCCUUGGAGCUGGUGGAGCAAAUGGUAAUGGAAACUCAGCCAGAGUGUGGGGUGUUGCCACAGGUUCCAGCUCUGGCUUAGCUCAUUGCUCUGCCAGUGGUGGGGAUGGAAAGAUGGACAACAUGAUUGGAGAUGGUAGAAGUCAAAAUUGCUGGGGUGCUUCCAACUCAAAUGCUGGCAUUAAUCUUAACCUUAACCCCAAUGCCAAUCCAGCUGCCUGGCCUGUACUCGGACAUGAAGGAACUGUGGGAGCAGGCAACCCCUCCAGUAUUUGCAGUCCAGUCAGUGCCAUAGGUCAGAACAUGGGCAACCAGAAUGGGAACCCAACAGGCACCUUAGGUGCUUGGGGAAACUUGUUGCCGCAAGAGAGCACAGAACCACAAACGUCCACUUCUCAGAAUGUGUCUUUCAGCGUACAACCUCAGAACCUUAACACUGAUGGACCAAAUAACGCUAACCCCAUGAACUCUUCACCAAACCCUAUCAAUGCAAUGCAGACAAAUGGACUGCCGAACUGGGGCAUGGCUGUUGGCAUGGGGGCCAUCAUCCCGCCCCAUCUGCAAAGCCUUCCUGGUGCUAAUGGGACAUCAGUAUCUCAAGUCGGUGGGGGAAGUGGUGAAGGAAUGGGCAAUUCAGUGUGGGGGAUAUCCCCAAGUAAUCCUGCCACAGGAAACAGCAAUUCUGGGUUCAGUCAGGGGAAUGGAGACACUGUGAACUCAGCAUUAAGUGCUAAACAAAAUGGAUCCAGCAGUGCUGUGCAAAAGGAAGGAAAUGGAACAAGUGCAUGGGAUUCAGGACCUCCUACUGGUCCUGGUGUCUUAGCAUGGGGCAGGGGCAGUGGCAACAGUGGUGUCAGUAAUAUGCAUGCUGGUGCUUGGGGCCACCCAAGCCGCAGUGCCAGUAAUGGUGUCAAUGGUGAAUGGAGCAAGCCCCCAAACCAGCAUUCCAGUAAUGACAUCAAUGGGAAAGGAUCAACAGGGUGGGAUAGCUCUAGUGUUACCAGCCAGAAUCCUGCCAUGCAGCAGGGCAAUGAACAAAUAAACUCUUGGGCCAAAGCUGCAGCAUCUGGCAACACAGGUAGUGAAGGAAGUAAUGAUAGCAAUGGGAGCCAGAAUGAAGGUAGUACUGGGAGGGAAGGAACUGGAGAGGGUCGAAGAAGAGACAAGGGGAUUAUAGAACAAGGAUCUGUCCAGUUGCCAAGGAAUGACCUUGACCCAAGAGUUCUGUCCAACACUGGAUGGGGACAGACUCCUGUAAAGCAAAACACUGCCUGGGAAUUUGAAGAAUCUCCAAGGUCUGAACGAAAGAAUGACAAUGGAACUGAGGCCUGGGGUUGUGCAGCUACUCAGCCUUCAAACUCGGGGGGCAAGAAUGAUGGGUCCAUCAUGAACAGUACAAAUACCUCUUCAGUAUCUGGGUGGGUCAGCUCUCCACCCGCAACAGUUCCGACUAAUACAGGUUGGGGCGACAACAAUAACAAAGCGCCAAAUGGCCCUGGGGGAUGGGGAGAGCCGACAAGUUCUACUGCUGUCAAUAAUGCUGCUGCUGCCAAAAGUGGCCACACUUGGAGUGGGACCACCAAUCAGGAGGACAAGUCACCUACUUGGGGUGAACCUCAGAAACCCAAAUCUCAAAACUGGGGAGAUGGACAGAAAUCAAAUCCAGGCUGGACUUCAGGUGGUGGAGAUUGGGUUGAUUCUUCAUCUGUCUCUGGACACUUGGGAGAUGGGAAAAAGAAUGGUUCUGGAUGGGAUGCUGAUAAUAGAUCAGGGUCUGGCUGGAAUGAUGCUACACGUUCUGGGACCAGUGGAUGGGGAAAUGGCACAAACAGCAAGGCUACUACAGGUACAAGCUGGGGGGAAUCUUUAAAACCUGGUCCACAACAAAACUGGGCUUCUAAAUCCCAGGACACCAACGUGAGUAAUUGGGGAGGAGCUGCUUCUGUUAAACAGACUGGAUCUGGAUGGGUUGGUGGACCAGUGCCAGCCAAACAGAAGGAUAGUAGUGAAGCAACUGGGUGGGAAGAGCCUUCUCCACCAUCCAUUCGGCGCAAGAUGGAGAUUGAUGAUGGUACCUCAGCUUGGGGUGACCCCAAUUAUAACAACAACAAGACUGUAAAUAUGUGGGAUAGAAACAAUCCUGUAAUCCAGAGCAGUACUGCUGCCACCACCACUACCACCACCAUUAUCAACGCAAACAUGGCUGAACCUCAGCCACCGCACCAGUCAAGUGCCCAGUCAAACCGGUCCCCGCUGCUUGGUCCAGCAGGCUGGGGAGAGAUGCCUGCUGUCCAUGCAAAGCCUGAAGCUUCAUGGGGAGAGCCUUCCUCCCCUUCUGCUGCAGUUGAUAAUGGCACUUCAGCAUGGGGGAAGCCCCCCAGUAGUGGUACAGGGUGGGGAGAUAACUCUGCUGAGUCAGCAGGGACAUAUGGAAGAGUGAGUGCACCAGCUGCUGCCCCGGUACUGUGCAAACCAGCUUCUAAAUCUUCUAUGCAAGAAAGCUGGGGCAGUGGUGGAGAUGAAGUAAAUCUCAGUACAAGUCAGUGGGAAGAUGAAGAAGGAGAUAUGUGGAAUAAUACUGCUUCACAAGAGAGUAAUUCCUCUUGUAGCUCCUGGGGGAAUGCCCCAAAGAAAGGACUUCAAAAGGGCAUGAAGACAUCUAGUAAGCAAGAUGAGGCCUGGAUCAUGAAUCGUCUGAUAAAACAGCUCACAGACAUGGGCUUCCCAAGAGAGCCAGCAGAAGAGGCCUUGAAGAGUAACAGUAUGAAUCUAGAUCAGGCCAUGAGUGCUCUGCUGGAAAAGAAGGUGGAAAUGGACAAGCGUGGAAUGGGAGUGGCUGACUACAAUGGAAUGGUCACCAAACCCCUUGGCUGCCGCCCACCACCAAUCUCCAAAGAGUCUUCCAUGGACCGCCCCACCUUCCUUGACAAGGAUGGCGGCCUAGUGGAAGAGCCCACUACUUCACCAUUUUUGCCUUCACCAAGCCUGAAGCUCCCCCUUUCAAACAGUGCACUCCCUAAUCAGACCCUGGGUGGGAUUGCCUCAGGGCUGGGCAUGCAAAACUUGAAUUCUUCUAGACAGAUACCGAGUGGCAAUCUGGGUAUGUUUGGCAAUAGCGGAGCAGCACAAGCCAGGACCAUGCAGCAGCCGCAGCAACCGCCAGUGCAACCUCUUAACUCAUCCCAGCCUAGUCUUCGUGCUCAAGUGCCUCAGUUUCUCUCCCCUCAGGUUCAAGCACAGCUUUUGCAGUUUGCAGCAAAAAACAUUGGUCUCAAUCCUGCACUAUUAACCUCGCCAAUUAAUCCUCAGCAUAUGACGAUGUUGAACCAGCUCUAUCAGCUGCAGCUGGCGUACCAACGUUUACAAAUCCAGCAGCAGAUGUUACAGGCCCAGCGCAAUGUUUCCGGACCCAUCAGACAACAGGAGCAGCAAGUUGCACGUACAAUCAAUAACAUGCAGCAGCAGAUCCAGCAGCACCAGCGCCAGCUGGCCCAGGCCCUGCUUAUGAAGCAGCAGCCACCCCCUCCACAUCUAUCUUUGCACCCCUCUGCAGGCAAAUCAGCCAUGGAUAACUUCUCACCCCAUCCCCAGGCUCCUGGCCUAUCUGACCUGCAGACCAAAGAGCAACAGUCUUCACCGAACACCUUUGCUCCUUACCCCCUUGCUGGACUGAACCCAAACAUGAAUGUAAACAGCAUGGACAUUCCUGGUGGUUUGUCAGUGAAGGACUCUUCUCAGUCCCAAUCUCGCCUUCCUCAAUGGACACACCCCAAUUCAAUGGAUAAUCUCUCCAGUGCGGCUUCUCCACUUGACCAGAAUCCAAGCAAGCACGGUGCUAUCCCUGGAGGCCUGAGUAUUGGUCCUCCAGGCAAGUCCUCCAUUGAUGACUCUUAUGGCCGGUAUGAUCUGAUUCAAAACAGUGAGUCACCAGCCAGUCCUCCUGUAGCCGUUCCUCACAGCUGGUCACGUGCCAAAUCGGAUAGUGAUAAAAUCUCCAAUGGCUCCAGCAUCAACUGGCCACCAGAAUUUCAUCCUGGAGUACCAUGGAAAGGAUUGCAGAAUAUUGACCCUGAGAACGAUCCUGAUGUUACACCUGGAAGUGUUCCAACAGGGCCUACUAUUAACACCACCAUACAGGAUGUUAAUCGCUAUCUGCUCAAGAGUGGAGGGUCAUCCCCAACAUCAUCUCAGAAUGCCACGCUGCCUUCAUCGAGUGCCUGGCCACUUAGUGCCUCCGGCUACAGUAGCUCUUUCAGCAGCAUUGCAUCCGCACCUAGCAUUGCAGGUAAAUUGUCAGACAUCAAGUCAACAUGGUCUUCUGGCCCAAUUUCUCACACACAAGCCUCUUUGUCCCAUGAACUGUGGAAGGUACCCAGAAACACUACUGCUCCUACAAGACCACCUCCAGGCUUAACAAACACCAAGCCCUCAUCUACCUGGGGUGCCAGCCCACUGGGUUGGACCAGCUCUUACUCCUCUGGCUCAGCCUGGAGUACUGACAGCUCAGGAAGAACAAGUAGCUGGCUGGUUCUCCGGAACCUCACACCCCAGAUUGAUGGCUCCACACUGCGUACUCUGUGCUUGCAGCAUGGUCCUCUUAUUACAUUCCAUCUGAACCUGACUCAAGGGAAUGCUGUGGUCCGAUAUAGUUCUAAGGAAGAAGCAGCGAAGGCCCAGAAGUCCCUGCAUAUGUGUGUUUUGGGGAACACAACCAUCUUGGCCGAGUUCGCUGGAGAAGAGGAAGUGAACCGUUUUUUAGCACAAGGCCAGCCACUGCCCCCCACCUCCAGUUGGCAGUCGAACACUGGAACCACCCAGACACGCUUGGGAUCCACAAGUGGCUCACACGGCAUGGUGCGCAACGAUGCAGGCCACUGGAAUACCCCCUGCCUAGGUGGGAAAGGGAGCAGCGACCUGCUCUGGGGCGGGGUCCCUCAGUACUCAAGCAGCCUUUGGGGUCCACCCAGCACCGAUGAUGGCAGGGUUAUCGGAAGCCCAACGCCUUUGAAUACUCUGCUCCCAGGUGACCUUCUCAGCGGGGAGUCCAUCUAGGACACCAGAGAAACAAGUGGAAGUAACAAUCAUCAGCACUAAAGAAAAAAUAAUGGUAACCCUUUCCAGUCCAGGGCAUCGCAAAGAAUCCAGCUUUAAUAGAUCAGACUGGCAGCCCUUUUUAGUACCUCUGUCCAAUAUCGACUAUGAAACUCUGCCGAAGUCCUUGUGAACUGUUAGUGCAACAGUAUGGGCUCCCUUUGGUCAGUGUCACGUGCUAAUGAUAGGUUUUAUGUGGGUUUUUUUCCAAUGGCUUUUUAAUUUUGUUUUUAUGUUUGUAUGGUGUUUUUAAAGACGUAUAAAAGCUGCUUAGACUAGUUCUAUCAUGAAGGGCACUUUUCAGAAUUUGGGCUGGAAAGGGUUAUUUUAUCAACUUUGGGAGUGGGGGAGGGAUGAAGGGGGGAUGUGAGAAAGCCUAUUUAAAAUGAGCCUGUGAUAAUUAUGCACAUUACCAGAGGCGGAUCCAGUAAUCAGUAGGGGGUGGCAUCCGACCAGCCCAUCAGCAGCAAUGGGGAACAAAUCUUACGCCCCUUAGCUGUACAACUUGGCUUGAGAGGUGGGCGAGGUGGAAUCUCCAUGUCCACUGCUCCCGUGGGUCUUGCCUAUGCACAUUGUUAUUACACUUGUUUCAUUACUUUUUGUGUCAUUGUUCUUUUCUUUAAUCUCCCCCCCAAAAUAGUAAAACAAAAUUUUGUUUUGGUUUUGUUUUGUUUUUUGGGUUUUUUUUUUUUUUGGAAAAAAAACACAUAUCAAACAUGCAACUAUACUUGAAUCCAGCAGGCCAAUAACAAAAUGUGAACACUUUCUAUUAUUACACUUCCAGGUUGGCAUCAGAACACAAAUGAACAGGCUCUAGGAAUAUUUUUGUUAUUGUUGUUCAGUUCUUUCUUAUAUGUAUGCAUUGGGGGAAAGAUGGAUCGAUGUGUGAGCGUAUGGACGUGUGUGUGCGCGCCAGCUGUACAACCUAACAAACAGUGUGAUUUUUUUUCUUUUUUCCUUCUCAGUAUAUGCUUUUGAUUUGCUCAUUGGUCAAACAUUUGUUAUUAGCUUCUAACUUUGCACUGAGUGUCCACAGCCCUUCUUGUAGCUAAUCCUACUUUUUUUUUAAGAAAAAAACUGAUAGGAGGGGCUGGCGACAAUUCAUGUGUAAAUGUUUACUCAAGGACUCUUACCGCAUUUUAAAAACUUACAGUGUGUAUCUCUGGAGAAUAAUAUGUAUAUCUACCUUUAGCAGCUUUUUAUUGUGGACUAAUGCAAGGAAAUAAUUACCGGAGUAUUGCACCAUUUUUCCCCAUUCGGAAUAUAAAGUAAAAAAAAAAAAAAAAAGGAAAAAACUCUUGUUGAACUGUGGCCAUAAAUACUUGUAAAGAGUGGAUGGUUCCCUGCAAGCCGGAACAGAAACAAGCACUUGGACAUGGGUUUUGACUGCUUUUGGAGGAGCCUACGGUUUCAGCUCCCACCUGUUUACAGACCUUUUUUUUCCUCCUUCAAACUUUAAAAUAAAAAAAGGAAUUGAAAAAAAGAAAAAAAAUAGACUUCCAUCAUAAAGAAACCUAUUUUCAGAAUGAAGAUAUGCUACUUCAGAGCUCUGGGAUUGAACAGUGUUUGUUGUUGUUGUUAUUGUUGUUGUUGUUGUUUAUCCUUUUCUUUGGCCAUUGCUGUGUACUCUUUUUGUUGUUGUUUUUCUCUUCGUCAAGAGUGGCGAAAAAUAUUGUGAUCACUAUCUUGCACAUGGUGGAAGAUGUCUCAGGAAAGCCGGGUUUCCCGAGGAGCAACUCCACACCAUUUCAUGUAUUUUUUAAACCCAACUCCUAGCACUGAAGAUAUUAUUAAAAAACAAAAUGAAAAAAUGAAAUAAAAAAGACAGUAAGAGAAGAAAAAUACCUAAUCUAAUGUGUAGCAGUUACAUAUUUACCAAAUAAUGGACUCAAAAGAAAUAGAUGUUUGAAGAGUGCUUUAUAUAUUAAAAAAUUGCUUUAUGUUUAAAAAUGAUCAAUGUUUUUGAUUGUUUUGAAAGGAAGAAAGACAAUGGAAUAACAUACCCUUUGAGUAUGUUUUUAAAAAUUAUAUGAACAUUGUUCUCCCUGCCUGCUUGGAUCAGGAAACUUGUGCAUUACAUUUUGUUUUGUUUUGUUUUGUUAAAGAUUAGCUUUUUAAUGGUUUUGUCCAAUUAAAAAGGGUCCUGCAAGAUUGCAAAUCAACAAAAGCUGGUUUUCUAGAGGAUCAUGAACUAUGCACAGAUUGGGUUCCAUACUUGUGUUUUCUCAAGUUUUCGUAGUGUAUUUAGCUGAAUACCCUUUUCUCAGAGUGAUUGCAUCUCAUUCUCAUUACACGCACUCUACAUAUGUAUUCUGUAUAUAUCUUUCUCUUAACACAUACACACAUACACACACACACAAACAUAUUUAUAUAUAAAAUACAUAUGUGCCUAUGUGCGGAUUGAAAUAGUCAAUACAAUUUUCCAUGCUAAAGUUUAGUAAUGAGUUGUAGAAGAACUCCCGAUCAUUUAAAAUUGGGGAUGGACAUUUUUUAAAAAAACUGUUUUUGUUUUGUUUUGUUUUUUGCCUUUCAUUUUGAAUUCAAGAUGUCUGUAACUCUGAGAUGAAAAGAUAAAAAAGUUUGUGGCUUUUAAUGUUAUUUCUCCUCAUAGAAUGUGAUUGUUAAAAACAUGCACCAGAAGUUGCUUUCAAGAGUACGAAGAUUCUUUGAAACUUAAUAAACUGCAGUUUUUCUUGGCUGUUACAGAAA